GUAAUAGUGAAAGGCCACACGGUUUCCCAUCAGAGCUCAGCCCUCUGCUCUGUCACAUGGUCCACCGUUGGUUUUUUCUCAGGAUAGAGGACGGGACAAACACAAGUGGACGCAGAGGAAGAUAACGCCGAGCCUCACCUGUUCAUAGACUAAAACUGGCGCGAGCAUCUUUUCCUUUGUCGCGGAGGUGACUUUUUCUUAAUGUUUGUGUUGUUUUGUAGCGCUAUGAAGUGAAACUCCGCCAUAUUCAGCCCACCACGCCCGGAGCACAGCUACCAGGGGUAAAGACUCGCUUCUGCUUGACUAAAGUUGUUGCACAAACUUAAUUUCCUCUUCACAGGAGAGGAACGAGGGGAAGUGUUAUCCAGGAGUAAUGACUCUGAUGUCCGUGGGGGCUUGCUGCCUCAGCCCGGAGGCCAAAGAGGCUCGGAGGAUCAACGAUGAGAUUGAGAGGCAGCUUCGCCGGGACAAGAGGGACUCCCGACGGGAAUACAAGCUGCUUCUGCUCGGAACUGGUGAAAGUGGGAAGAGCACUUUCAUCAAGCAGAUGAGGAUCAUCCAUGGCCGUGGAUACUCUGACGAGGACAAGAGAGGCUUCAAAAGGCUGGUCUACCAGAACAUCUUCACAGCCAUGCAGGCCAUGAUCCAGGCCAUGACCACCUUACAUAUCCCCUACAAGUACGAACACAACGAGACAAACGCCAGUAUUAUCCGUGCGGUUGAUGUGGAGAAGGUCACAACAUUAAUGAACCCUUAUGUGGAUGCCAUCAAGAGUCUGUGGAGCGACCCGGGGAUUCAGGAAUGUUACAAUCGUAAGAGGGAAUACCAGCUCUCAGACUCAGCCAAAUACUAUCUGAAUGACAUGGACCGAAUAUCUGAUACAGCUUAUCUGCCAACGCAGCAGGACGUCCUGAGGGUCAGGGUGCCUACAACAGGUAUCAUAGAGUACCCCUUUGACCUGGAGAAUGUGGUGUUCAGGAUGGUGGAUGUGGGCGGCCAGCGUUCAGAGAGGAGGAAGUGGAUUCACUGUUUUGAGGAAGUCACCUCCAUCAUGUUUCUUGUGGCGCUCAGCGAGUACGAUCAGGUCCUCGUCGAGUCCAUCAAUGAGAAUCGCAUGGAGGAAAGCAUGGCCUUGUUCCGGACAAUCAUAACUUACAAGUGGUUCAAAGAGUCCUCAGUCAUCUUGUUCCUCAACAAGAUCGAUUUACUGGAGGAGAAAAUCAUGCAUUCACAUUUGGUCGACUACUUCCCUGAAUAUGAUGGUCCCCAGCGGGACGUCAAGGCAGGAAAACAAUUCAUCCUGGAUAUGUUUGUCAGUCUCAAUCCAAACGAGAAAAAAAUCAUCUACUCCCACUUCACCUGUGCCACCGACACAGACAACAUUCGAUUUGUCUUCAGCGCGGUGAAGGACCACAUCUUGCACACCAACCUGGAAGUCUACAAUUUGGUUUAAAACGGACGUGUUGCCGCUGUAAUUCAAUCGGCUUUGUACAGCUGGCAGUCCGGAGAGCUCUGCGGUGAUUCAGUUUGCCUCACACUGCUGCUGAACGCUAUAAUCCACAACAGGAAAUUGAGAAGCUACAGAGCUUGUCGCCAAAUGACUGUACUACUGAUGUAUUUCAAAUUUUCCUGUUAGGCUCUUUGGAAAUGGAUGUCUCCAGCUAUAAUGAAGUGUGUCCUAACAAUUAAAGCACUGCCUUAGUAAGGAGUCUAUUAUAGUAUGCACUCUGAAAUUUAUGGAACUCAUUGCGAAUGAGCAGUAGCGGUAUAAAUGCACGUGGAUGGAUUGAGAGGGGGGAAAGUAUUUUAGUGGCCUCAAAAGCCUCCGAGGACUUGUAAUGUACUAGGUCUCUCCUUCAGGGAAUCGGUGGAAGUGAAUGUAGACUAACUGCAAUGCAGCACAUCACAUCACUAACCCCAGUUUGUCGUAGUUUAUCAUUUUUUUGUUUUUUUUUUAAGUUGAAAACUGUUUAAAAUACUCGAAAUGCUUAGUUUGAGUCUUGACUUAAGGGGAAAUGGAGUAAUAAUUAACACUAAUGUGUACAUUUACUUUGCUAUUUGUGCUGAUAUGCUGUAUGUGUCCGUCACUUAGUUGGGUGUUAUAUCAUUUCCAUAACCUCAUUUCAAAAGACUUUUCACUUUGCAUUUAUCUGUGAUGGCAUUAUUUAGUCUUAAACCACUUUUUUUGUGAGCACAGCAUUAAUUUUUUUUUAUUAAUGUAAUUUAACAGAUUUUAAAGGGAAUCCUGCUGUCACGUCUUUAUUUUGUCAACGCUGUAGAAUCAAGCGUUCAUGCAGUUCAGGGACUACUUUAAGUCAUUUUCUUGCCUAAAAAUGGCUGUAGAAUCUGCCCCAUUAUUUAUCUGAAUGUAAAUAUAACGGUACAUUAAUGGUACACAAUUUUCACCCUUGCCUGCAUCAAGGUCAGUGUUUAAAGGCUAACUGCUGAAGAGACUACCAUGUUAAAUAAUCUCUGGAGUAUUACACUAGUGCAUUCCUGAUCUUUUUUUUUUCCUGUUCAAGGGUAUGAAAUGCAUGAAUAAAAAGCUAAUGAGAGCACAUCCAUGGCACUAAUGUUUACACGACCCCUUUUUCUUCUUGUUAGAAAUAAUUACAGCCUAGUCUGAACGGUUUAAUUCAUGGUUCGAUUUCACUGUCACUGCGAUAUCUUAAUGCAGUCUUCGUGUUUUUAAUGUGAUUGGUGUUAAUGAAUAGACAUUUGCUGCUCAG